AUGAAAAGACCAUUGGAGGAAGUUGUCAAUGUUGAUGGAGAUGAUGAUGAUGAUGAAGCUAUAGAGUUUGAUUUUGAGGAGCCACCUCCAAGCCAACCACCUAUUACACUGAGCCCUGCUGCUGGUGUCCAACGUAGGACUACGCCAACCAAACCUCCUUUGAAACUAUCGCUCACCACUCCAUCAAUACAACAACAACAUCAACUACAACAACAGCAAAUUCAGGCUCAACAUCUACAGAGUCUGCCUGCCACUGUUCCAUCACAAACAAUACAAACAACAUUACCAUUUAUCAAUCUCAAUCCCAACAACAACAAUAACAAGUACAACAACAACAACAACAGGAACAACAACAACAACAAUGCUAGCAGUCAAUCUACACCAGACAAAACACAAUAUGCACCAUGUCCAUUCUGUUCGAAAGAGUUUAUGAUGUUUAAACUGAGUGAUCAUGUACAGGAAUGUGGCUCAAAUCAAUCACCAAAGAAGAAGCAUCAACCAUCCAUCCCCACAACAUCCUCUUCCUCUUCCAAUCUAUUCGACUCAAUACUCAUACGUAAACCAACGACCAAUACCUCAACAACUACCACUACUACAACGAACCCAAGUGCAGGAAUACAAUCACAACAUCCAUUUACAAGCAACAACAAUGACUCAACUACAUCACACAAUAACAACAAUAAUGACUCCACCAACAACCACAACACCCAUGUAAAUACAAAGCAAGAGAAGAGGUUCACAAACAUGAGAAGUAUGCCUUUGGCAGAGAAGAUCAGGCCAGAUGACUUUGAUGAGUUUGUCGGUCAGGAACAGAUUAUGGCUCCAGACUCUCUCAUGGCCAACUUGAUGAAGAGUGGGAAUUUCCCAUCGUUCAUUCUAUGGGGUCCUCCUGGAUGUGGAAAGACAACGCUUGCAAAGUUGGCAGCAAGCAAAUGCGAUUCAUUAUUUGUAUCACUAUCUGCUGUAUCAUGUGGAGUUGAUGAGAUUAGAAAGGUAGUAAAGAAUGCCGAGCAGAAGCUCACCUUUAACAAACAAAGGACGGUUCUGUUCUUGGACGAAGUGCAUCGAUUCAACAAAUCCCAACAAGACAUUCUACUGCCCUUUAUCGAGAAUGGAACAUUCACAUUCAUUGGUGCCACCACAGAGAACCCAUCCUUUCAUCUCAACAAUGCGCUACAGAGUCGGUGCAAGGUUAUCGUAUUGAACAAGCUGACCCCUGAGAACAUAGAGCUGAUCAUCAAUAGGGCCAUUGACUCUUCAAACAAGUACGGCAGGAAACAACUGACAAUGGAUGCCGAAACCAUUAGGACUCUGGCUGAACUAACAGAUGGUGAUGCAAGGGCCGCUAUCAAUGUAGUGGAGAUGGCAAUCAAUGGAAGCAAGUUUAGUGAGGAACAGAUAGUUAUCACCAGGGCCCAACUUGGUGGUUUACUACAGAGGACUAGUUUAAUGAAUGACAAGAAAGGUGACAAUCACUACGAUAUGAUAUCCGCACUUCACAAAUCAAUCAGAGGAAGUGAUGCAAAUGCAACCACCUACUGGCUAGUAAGGAUGUUGGAAUCUGGGUCAGAGCCACUUUUCGUUGCUAGAAGAAUGAUACGCAUGGCAUCAGAAGAUGUGGGUCUUGCAGAUCCAUUGGCGAUGGGCAUCACGGUGGCGGCAUUCCAAGCAGUUCAGUUUGUAGGAUUGCCAGAGUGUAAACUGAGUCUGUUGCAAGCGGCAGUUUACUUGGCCCAAGCACCAAAGUCCAACUCGUUGGAGGAGGCCUACAUCAACACAACCAAAUAUGUAAUGGAGAAGGCCAACCCACCUGUCCCACUACACAUCUGCAAUGCUCCCACUGGCUUGAUGAAAACAUUGGGCUAUGGCAAAGGCUAUCAAUACAAUCACGCCUACGAUAAUCAAGCAGAGGUCACACAAACUUACCUUCCACCGUCAAUGGCCGACGAGGUAUUCUUCCAAUACAAACAGACAUGCACUGGGGUGGAGCUUGGUCCACUACCAACAACCUCUGGCCCUCCAGCCAUUGCUUUCAAAUCGAUCUACCAACCAACAACAACAACCACUGCAGAUAGCCAACUCAAGGCACUACCUCCACCUAUGGUCAAUGCCCAACUCCAGUUGACUCAAAAGGCACACACAACCCUCAAACUUGAGAGUGGCAAUGAUAAUGGCAAUAAUGGGACAAACUUUCAGACGCACCAGGUCAAGGCACCAGACACCAGAACACUCCAAUAG